AUGCUUAGUCAAGUUCAUGGAUUCAAGGAAGCUUAUAAAGAGCUGAUAGCUUAUAUGGACUUAGAGAGAGAAGAGGAAGAGCCAGACAUUGACAAGGUCAGGAAAUAUCACAAACCAAAGUUAAGAAUCUCACCUGAACUAUGCACACAUCGCAUCAUCCUGGAGGAUGAGUCUAGUUCUUCAAUUGAACACCAAAGGAGGCUAAACCCAAACCUAAAGGAAGUUGUCAAGAAGGAGAUAAUGAAGCUAUUGAAAGCUGGAGUGAUUUAUCCAAUAUCAGAUAGUGCAUGGGUCAGCCCUGUACAUGUCGUGCCAAAGAAAGGAGGGAUCACAGUCAUCAAGAAUGAACAUGAUGAGCUCAUUCCAACAAGAACAAUCACUGGACACAGAAUGUGUGUCGACUACAGGAAGCUGAACUCCUCCACGCGCAAGGACCACUACCCCUUGCCAUUCAUAGACCAGAUGCUUGAGCGCCUUGCCAAUCAUCAAUACUACUGUUUCUUGGAUGGAUACUCAGGAUUUUUCCAAAUUCCAAUCCACCCAGAUGAUCAGGAGAAGACUACAUUCACUUGUCCCUAUGGCACAUAUGCUUAUAGGAGAAUGCCUUUUGGAUUGUGCAAUGCUCCAGCUACAUUCCAAAGGUGUAUGAUGUCCAUAUUCACAGAUCUCAUAGAAGAGAUUAUGGAGGUUUUCAUGGAUGAUUUCUCAGUAUAUGGUUCUUCCUUUGAAUCAUGUUUGGGAAAUCUUGGAAGAGUGCUACAGAGAUGUGAAGACAAGCACCUAGUUCUAAAUUGGGAGAAGUGCCACUUUAUGGUUAGAGAUGGAAUAGUGCUUGGACAUAGAAUCUCAGAGAGAGGCAUAGAAGUUGACAAGGCCAAGAUUGAAGUAAUGACAAACCUUCAGCCGCCCAAGACAGUCAAAGAUAUCAGAAGCUUCCUAGGACAUGCUGGUUCUACAGGAGAGGAGUGUCACAAGGCUUUCACUAAGAUCAAAGAUGCAUUGGUCAGUGCGCCAGUGGUUCAACCUCCAAACUGGGAACUACCUUUUGAGAUAAUGUGUGAUGCAAGUGAUUAUGCAGUAGGAGCAGUGCUUGGACAAAGAAAAGACAAGAAGCUACAUGUGAUCUACUAUGCCAGCAGAACACUUGAUGAGGCACAAUGCAAGCCAGGAACAAAGAUCUCAUCAUCAAACACACCAUGGUUUCGCCACAUAGCAAACUUCCUUGCAGCUGAAUACCCACCACCAAACUUCUUUGGCUACAGAAAGAAGAAAUUUCUGCGUGAUGUAAGAAGGUACUACUGGGAUGAACCUUACUUAUACAAGAAAUGUUCAGAUGGAAUGUUUAGAAGAUGCAUACCAGAGGAAGAGGUAGAAGGAAUAUUGUUUGCUUGUCAUAGUUCUAGCUAUGCAGGCACUUUGCCACUUACAAGACAGUAUCCAAGGUCCUACAAGCUGGAUUUUGGUGGCCAACUAUUGGCAGUUGAUUAUGUCUCCAAAUGGGUGGAAGCCAUCGCCAGCCCUACUAAUGAUGCACAAGUGGUCAUCAAGAUGUUUAAAUCCAUCAUUUUUCCAAGGUUUGGAGUGCCUAGGAUAGUCAUAAGUGAUGGAGGUUCACAUUUCAUCAACAGAAUCUUUGCCAACCUUUUGAAGAAGCAUGGAGUCACUCACAAAGUUGCCUCUCCUUACCACCCUCAAACUAGUGGACAAGUUGAGAUCUCAAACAGAGAACUCAAGAGCAUACUUCAGAAGACAACAGGCAAGACAAGAAAGGAUUGGAGUGCCAAACUAGAUGAUGCUCUAUGGGCAUACCGCACUGCCUUCAAAACACCACUUGGUACCACCCCCUUUCAUCUUGUUUAUGGUAAAGCAUGUCAUUUACCUGUAGAGCUGGAGUACAAAGCAGCUUGGGCUAUUAAGGAGUUGAACUUCAACCUAAAGACAGCAGGAGAAAGAAGAUUGAUUCAGCUAAAUGAGCUUGAUGAGAUUAGGCAUCUGGCUUAUGAGAAUUCAAAGAUCUAUAAGGAGAGAACCAAAGCUUUCCAUGACCGCAAGAUCAUCCCAAAGAACUUCGCGCCAAACGACCAAGUUCUACUAUUCAACUCAAGGUUGAAACUCUUUCCAGGAAAGCUUCGCUCAAGAUGGUCAGGACCAUUCAGGAUUAAAGAAGUUCGCCCCUAUGGAGCAGUGGUACUAUGGGAUCCAAUGGGAGGAGACUUUACAGUCAAUGGACAAAGGUUAAAACCCUACCUAGCUUCCACCACCAUACCACAGGAGACCACACUGGCUCUUGGCGAUCCACCAGAUCCUUAA